UCACUUCCCAGUUCCCACGUCUCCACGUCUACAACCAACAUACAUCCUUAUGCGCCACGUGGAAAAUCAAAUCCCGAUAAUACACUAACCUUUCUAACACACACCACACCAGAAGAACAACGCGAUUUACGAAAGAGAUGAAUUAUGAGCAGAGGCUCAAAGCCGCAGCGAGAGUUGUACUCGCCGAUGACUCACGCGCCGGCGACGCGCCUGUGGAAGCCGCGAGCUUCGGAGUCACGGCGACGCUGAAACCUUACCAAGUCGAAGGAGUUUCGUGGCUCAUUCGGCGGUACAAUCUCGGCGUCAACGUUAUUCUCGGAGAUGAGAUGGGACUAGGCAAGACUUUGCAAGCUAUCUCUUUCUUGAGCUAUUUGAAGGUUCACAAAAAGUCUCCUGGGCCAUUUUUGGUGCUAUGUCCUCUGAGUGUGACAGAUGGUUGGGUUUCAGAGGUAGUUAAAUUUGCUCCAAACUUAGAAGUUCUUCGAUAUGUAGGAGAUAAAGAACACCGCCGCAGUCUACGCUGGAAAAUGCAUGAACAUGUGAAAGAACAGUCCUCAUCCUAUAAUGGCUCGUUGUUACCUUUUGACAUUCUGUUGACAACGUAUGACAUUGCAUUGAUGGAUCAAGAUUUUCUGUCUCAAAUAUCGUGGCAGUAUGCAGUAAUUGAUGAAGCUCAAAGACUUAAAAAUCCUUCCAGUGUUCUUUACAGUCUCCUCAAAGAUCGCUUUCUUAUGCCCAGACGGUUGUUGAUGACUGGAACACCUAUUCAAAACAAUCUCACUGAACUUUGGGCUUUGAUGCAUUUUUGUAUGCCUUCCGUGUUUGGGACACUAGACCAAUUCCUUUUCACAUUCAAGGAAGCUGGAAAUCCUUCAUCAGGUCAUGAUACAGCCAAAGUAAAGGAGCAAUUCCAAAGUUUAAAAUGUAUAUUGGGAGCCUUCAUGCUUCGACGAACAAAAGCAAAGCUCAUUGAAUGUGGAAAUCUAGUGCUGCCCGCUCUUACAGAGAUAACCGUGAUGGCACCGCUGCUCAGCCUGCAAAAGAAGGUGUACUUGUCAAUAUUGAGAAAGGAGCUUCCUAAACUACUUGCUUUAUCUUCAAGAACAUCAAAUCAUCAAUCCUUACAGAAUAUUGUGAUACAGCUAAGAAAAGCAAGUAGCCAUCCUUACCUUUUUCCUGGUAUUGAGCCUGAACCAUUUGAGGAGGGUGAACACCUAGUUCAGGCCAGUGGCAAACUUAUGAUAUUGGACCAACUACUCCAGAAGCUACAUGAUUCUGGACACCGUGUCCUUCUCUUUGCUCAGAUGACACAUACACUUGACAUUUUACAGGAUUUUCUUGAGUUACGAAAAUAUUCCUAUGAGCGUCUUGAUGGAUCAGUUCGGGCUGAGGAGCGCUUCUCUGCAAUACGAAGCUUCAGUGGGCAAUCAAUUAAAGGGAGCUUGAAUUCUGAAUCUGACCAAAAUGGUGCUUUUGUUUUUAUGAUCUCUACAAGAGCUGGAGGAGUUGGCUUGAAUCUAGUGGCUGCUGAUACCGUUAUAUUCUAUGAGCAAGAUUGGAAUCCUCAAGUGGACAAGCAGGCUCUGCAGCGGGCACACCGAAUCGGUCAAAUGAAUCAUGUUUUGUCCAUAAACCUAGUUACCCGACAUACUGUGGAUGAGGUUAUUAUGAGGAGAGCAGAGAGGAAGUUGCAGCUUAGCCAUAAUGUUGUUGGGGAUGAUGUUAUGAACUGGGAAGGUAAAGAAACUGCAGGAGUUGAAACUGGUGAUUUGCGUUCUAUCAUAUUUGGGUUACACAGGUUUGAUCCUACUGAGAUCUCUACUGAGAAAUUGGGUGAGACGCAGAUGUCUGACCUGAAUGCUAUGGUUGAGAAGGUACUUGCAAAGCGCUAUGAACAAACUGCGGAAAAGGAUGAUAGGAAAUUUGAGGUUAACCCAUUAGAUUUGUCAAGUGGAUCUGAUAUUGCUAUUGGAGAAAGUUCUACCUCUGUCGGUUUAGAUCCUGGUCUUGAUGAUGCUUCAUAUCUCUCCUGGGUUGAAAAAUUGAAGGAGGCAUCACAAACGGGCAGUAACCCAAUUAUGGAGUCAGGAACUAGAAGGCAAGCCCCUGAGGAAAAGCAUCUAAAACAUGAGGCUGCAAAGAAGAAGGCAGAAGAGAAGAAGUUGUCUAAGUGGGAAGCCCUUGGAUACUGCUCAUUGUCUGUAAAAGAACCUAUUCCUCCUGAGGAUAGUGAUAUGAUGUCAGAUUCAGGUUCUGUUCAUUUUGUUUAUGGAGAUUGUACACAACCAUCAAAAAUUUGUCCAUCUGAGCCCACAGUUAUCUUCAGCUGUGUUGAUGACUCUGGAAAUUGGGGCUGUGGAGGAAUGUUUGAUGCACUGGCCAAACUUUCUGCAAGUAUCCCUGAUGCGUAUCAACAAGCUUCUGAAUUUGGGGACCUGCAUGUUGGUGAUCUGCAUCUUAUUAGAAUUAAUGAGGGCAGUGAUGAACAGAAUAUGGAAGGUGGUAGUCCUCAAUGGGUGGCUUUGGCUGUUGUACAGUCUUACAGUAUUAGGCGUAAAAUCCCUCGCAGCAAGAUCUCUCUUCCUGACCUGGAACGUUGCUUAUCAAAAGCAUCAUUCUCAGCAGCUCAAAACUCUGCUUCAAUCCACAUGCCACGUAUUGGGUAUCAGGAUGGAUCAGAUCGCUCAGAUUGGUACACAGUGGAAUGUCUUCUACGGAAAUAUGCUUCCGUAUAUGGCAUUAAAUUUUUUGUGUAUUAUUAUCGACGGUCAACUUGAGGCAUGGCUUGAGUUUUAAAUCAAUCUCCAGAUGACCAAAAUCCUAGCUUAAUAGCAUAGAAAAGGAUAUGUGGAUCUCUCUCCUUUCAUGUUUUGCAAUAUUUAAAUUGACUUCCCUUUUUCGCUUGGCUUUUUAUUGGGGAUGGAAUAGAGGAUUUGGAAAAAUAGGAGGGAAAAGGUAUACAAAUCUGACAUCUGGGAUGAUGUUCAAAAUUUUCUUGUAAAUAAAACUAUGAAAGGGUGGUCGUUGGUCUGAUUUUCAAGCGAGGCCCUAAAACUCUGGCAGUUUAUUUAUUUAUUUAUUUAAAUAAGCAAUUAUAUUAA